UCCACCCAAACAACACCAUCACAUCAACGCCACCCUUGCCCGCCAACAUUCCCUCCACACCGGCCUGCUUCGUCACAAGGCGAAGUAGCCCGCCCUGACCGCCAACACGCCUCCGACAUCAAGAAAGAGGAAGUUGGACAGCAACAGUACAGCCGACAAGACCGACACCUCCCUCGCCACUGCGCCAGACCCCUCUCACCGCCAGAGCAAGGCGAGCAAGACAUCACACCACGAAUCGGACGCCGCUCUGCCGGCUACCCCGCAGACUCUCGCUUCCGACAAACCUAUGGACUCAGACGAUGAGUUCGGCAGCGUCGUGUCCAGUGAGGACAUUGACGUCGAUGCCGACAGCAGUGUGGGGUUUGGUGCUGGUGGUGAGUUUGAUCAGGGAGCUUUUGAGACACAGGAGAAGGAUCUGAAGCCGCAGAAGAGGUACUUUGAGGUCGACUUCAAAGUUUACAGUCCGGCGGAUAUCCAAGCACAGCAAGAUCGACAGGUGGAUGAGGUGUCAACACUACUCGAACAACCACACGAAGCUACGGCGAUUCUUCUACGAUAUGGCAGGUGGAAUAAGGAGAAGUUGAUUGAGCAGUACAUGGACAAUCAGGAGGAGAUUCUGGAUAAGGCUGGGCUGGGGCAGGAGGUUGAGAAACACCCUCCGCGGAUUCAAGCAGUGGAGGGUUUCAUGUGCGAGAUAUGUUGCGAGGACGAUCCGGGUAUGGAGACAUUCGCGAUGAGGUGCGAACAUCGCUUCUGCGUGGAUUGCUACCGGCAAUAUCUGUCGCAGAAGAUCCGCGAAGAGGGUGAAGCGGCGCGCAUCAAGUGUCCCGGCGAUGGCUGCAAUAGAAUUGUGGAUGCCAAAUCGCUGGAUCUCUUGGUGACGCCGGAGAUCCGAGAUCGCUAUGCAGUACUGCUCACGCGGACGUACGUCGACGACAAGGAUAACCUGAAGUGGUGUCCUGCGCCGGAGUGCAUGUACGCUAUCGAGUGUGGCGUCAAGCAGCGCGAUCUCAACCGCAUCGUCCCAACCGUGCAAUGCGAUUGCAAGCACAGCUUUUGCUUUGGCUGCACGCUCUCCGACCAUCAACCGUGCCCCUGCGCGCUCGUCAAGCGGUGGCUAAAGAAGUGCGCCGACGACAGCGAGACCGCGAAUUGGAUCUCCGCCAACACGAAAGAAUGCCCAAAGUGCAAUUCUACGAUCGAGAAGAAUGGCGGCUGCAACCACAUGACCUGCCGCAAGUGCCGCAACGAGUUCUGCUGGAUGUGCAUGGGUGUGUGGUCCGAGCACGGUACGAGCUGGUACAACUGCAACCGGUUCGAGGAGAAGAGUGGACUGGACGCUCGCGACGCGCAGGCUAGAAGCCGGCAGUCGCUUGAGCGGUAUCUCCAUUAUUACAACCGCUACGCAAAUCACGAGCAAUCCGCCAAACUCGACCGCGACAUCUUCCACAAGACGGAGAAGAAGAUGACUCUUCUUCAGAACCAGUCUGGCUUGUCGUGGAUUGAAGUGCAGUUCCUUGAGAAUGCCUCGCAUGCGCUGCAGCAGUGUCGCCAGACGCUGAAGUGGACCUACGCUUUCGCUUACUAUCUCGCCCGCAACAACCAGACGGAGAUCUUCGAAGACAAUCAGAAAGAUCUGGAAAUGGCCGUGGAGAAUUUGAGCGAGAUGUUCGAGAAGCCCGUCGAGCAGCUGGCGAGUUUGAAGGUAGAGAUGAUGGACAAGACGAGUUACUGCAAUCGGAGGAGAAUCAUCUUGCUGGACGACACGGCUAAGAACCUCAAGGAAGGUAAGAGGAACCCGAAGAACAACACUAUGCAGGGCGACGCGAUGCUGAUUGAUGGCGCUACAGAGGGCUGGGAGUUCAAUGUCGACCUCUGA